CGGUGCGUAUCCGAGACCGCGGGCUUCGCUGCGCGCUGCAUUACUGCGCGUCAAGCGGCGCAGGAGUGAACCAAGCAGCGCGAGCUGCGUGUGCUGACCGUGUCCUCAUGGCAGCACCGGCUCUAGCAGACGCGCGAGACGCAGAUGGUCUGACUCCCUUACAUCUGGCAGUAGUCCAUGGAAACGUGCCCUUAGUGCAAACGCUGCUCGCCGUCGGCGCUGAUGUUAACGCAAAGGACAACGAGCAGCAUACUGUUGUGCAUUGGGCUACAGUUUGUGGCGAGGUGGGCGCGCUGAGGGCAGUCCUGGCGGCCGGGGCAAACGCCGCAACGUCGGACCAGCACGGCGGGUUUCCGCUGCACUACGCCGCGCAGAUGUGCGGAGCCCCUGCAGCUACUGACCACCAGAGUAGGGGAGCGGCGUUGGAAGUGCUCCGGGCGCUGGUGAGGGAGGGCGGAGCGCGAGUAGACGUUCGUGACGCCGAUGGUCGCACACCGCUGCUAUGGGCAGCCUCAGCCGGUUCCGCCGCAGCCGUGUUGGGGUUGCAUCAAGCUGGUGCGAGUGUCGAUGAUGCUGACAGGGAUGGAUUAACAGCGCUACACUGCGCAGCUGCCCGCGGUCAUACCGAAGCUCUAGAAACAUUAGUUGGCCUUUGCGGAGCACGUGUUGAUGUUGCUGAUUCGCACGGUUGCACCCCCUUACAUUACGCAGCAGCACUAGGGCAUGCAGAUGCAACUUCCGCCCUACUAGUCCAUGGAGCUGAUUCUCAUAGACAAGACCGAAGGGGAAGAAGUCCUGCGCAUACUGCUGCUGCGAAAGGCCAGAUAGAGACCGUCCGUAUACUAGGUGCAAGGGGGGCAAAUUUAUGGCUUAGAAAUUCUAAAGGAGAUUUGCCAUUACACGAAGCAGUAGCAUCAGGGCGAAGAGAAUUAGUGAAGUGGUUGCUAGAUGGAAGGCCGUCACAAGUCAAUGCCACAAAUCAUGAAGGACGAACACCUUUACAUAUUGCAGCUGCCACUGAUAAUGCUGAUCUAUGUCGCCUAUUACUUGACCGAGGUGCCGAAGUUAAUCCAGUAGCAAGAUCAUCAAAAAAUGAACCUCUAACGCCUUUGGACUGCGCGGCAAGCAGAGGCCAUAGGUCGACAGCUAAGUACUUGCAAAUGCACGGUGGGUUACCAGCAUCAAAACUUUCUAAUACACAAAUAGUUAUAGACGGUGCCCAAAUUACUGGUUUACCGACUAGAAAAGUCACAAGUACAAAAAUUGAUGUACGCGAUCGAAUAAGAAUUGAAAAACGUGAAGUAGUCGAACUUUCAAGCCCAUGUUCAGAAAAACGUAGAAUAAUUAAACAAAGAAGUGAGCUUGAUUCAAUGAGUUCUUCGUCUGAAGAUCGAACAAUUAAAAGGAAAUCUCAAAACGAAUUUACUGAACGGUAUAUUGAUCGAAAGAAAAAACUAGCUGAGAAACAAAAAAGUUUUAGUGAUGGAUAUGAUAGUGAGUUUGAAGGACACGAUAAACGCAAAGACUAUAAACAUAAAGUAAAAAAAGAUUUAAAAGUAAAAAAAAAUCGGUCAAGAAGUGAACCAAGUAGGCGAACUAAACAAAGUGCUAAACAACGUAGACAUUAUAGAUCUACUUCAGAAAGUUCAUCUGAAUCAUCGGAUCAUUCAAAAAAACGAAAAAGUAAACGACAUAGAAAGCGCCAUAAAAGAAAAUCUACAACAACAUCUGAGAGCAGUUCAGAGUCAAGUGAACGGCAAACAACAAAACGAAGAGGUAAGAAAACAUCAAUCCAUAUUGAACAUGAUGAUGAGAAACAAAAAGUAAAUAUUAUUAAAUAUAAAAAAGUAGAAACUCCCCAUCAAAGUUCAGAAAUACCAGAAAAAGAUAAUGAUAAUGCAACACCCGAUAAUAUGCCUUUAAACACAGAUGUAGAACCCACUAAGGAGAGCCAACUUAGUAAAAACAAAACUCACAGUGAAACAGAAACUGAUACAGUUUCGGUUAAAACUAAUAUGGUUAUAACAGAAGCCCAAAUUCAUAUGGAACGUGAAUCUAGUCAACAUGGCAGUUCAGAAUUGAUUGUUACUAUGGAUUCAUCGAAUAACGUUUCCAUUGAAACUACUAAUUUGUCUGUUACACAUAAAGACGAAAGUGAAAAUGUACCUCACGACGACGAAAAAGAAAAAGAGGCUGUAUCUGAAUUGGUAAAAGACGAAUCUGAAGCGAAGUCUCAAGAAACACCAUCUGAAUCCAUAACAGUGAAUGAAUUAGAAGAAAAAAAUGACAAUAUUGAUGAAAAAAAUUCAUCCAAAAGUAGUGACGAUUUAGAGCAACCUAAGCCUAAAUCAAGUUUAGAACAGGAGGUGGAAAAAAAAGAUUCUUCUGGUGAAUCGAAUAAGGAAGUAAAAAUUUCUGACAAAGAAUCUACAGAUAAAGCUACUGGUGAAGAAUCAAAUGAAUCAACUAAAGAAGGUAGUUUAGACAAAGCACGAAAAACAUCAUUCAAAGUUUUGUCGGGUCCAGAUGAAAAAAAAACCGAUAGUGAUGGAACCCAAGAGAUUAAAUCAAAUGUAGAAAUUACAAGUAAUGAAUUGGUAGAGUCUCAAGAUAAAAGCCACACCGUCUCGUUUUCCAAUAAAGAUGAAGUUUUUAAAAUUAAGGACUCAGAUGUUUCAGAACACUUAAUGGGGGAACAUGUUGAUCAUAAACCAGUUCUAGAAUCUGAAGACAUAAAAAGAGAAACCAGCGGAAAAGAGAGUUUUGGAUCUACAGAACAAGAAAUUAUUGAAGAAGCAACCGGUAGUUCCGAUGUUGCUCCACUUGUCGAUAAAGGUAUUAUAAAAAUUUUGGAUGAUGGUACUUCAAAUGAUACGGCGCAGCAAAGUUUUGAACAGGAUGACAAUACACCGUAUGAUACAAAUUUGCCACUCUCAGAAACAUCGCCUAGGCAAUUUAAAUCAUCAAAGGAUAGCCAAGGCAGCAGAAAAAGUAGUAUUUAUGAAACUGAAAGUUACAAAGUUUUAUCUGAUACCGUGGGACCACCUGAGGCUGGAACAGGUAUACUAAAAAAACCAAGUGGCGGGGAUGACGAUCAUGAAUUACAUUAUGAACACAGUCUAAAUAGGGAUAGUUCAUUUGGAAGAAUACCAAGUAUAAGUGACAACGAAAUUUAUUAUAGUCAUUCAGAAGCAAAUGGAAGAAGGAAACGUUUUCGUAAAAAAGGUAGAAUGAGAAGUCGUAUUACGAUAAGGUCUAAAAGUGAAAACUCUGAAAGAGGUUACGAAUCUAGUGGUUUAAUGGAUUCAGGUUUUGAACCAAGCCCGCGGCCUGUCCAGCGCUGCAUUGCGAGUCCAAGGCUUAAUGCCUAUUAUCAGCAAAGAAGAAGUGCAAGGGUUACGGGAGUGGCCGAUAGUAAAAUACCGGUGAGAAAGCCAGGCGACAAAAGAGCUGUCGAUAUGAGGUCUGUGACACAACGAAUACAGACAAAUAUGAGAAGAUAUUACUGCGAGCGAAAGAUCUUUCAGCAUUUACUAGAACUGAAACGUCUGCAAAUAAGAACAAGUAAAGCAAACGAAGCUGUCUUAGUCAAACGAACGAUUGAUGAGUACAAUAAAUCAAGUUUAGCUCACGUCGGUCUAGGUCCUUACAACAAUACGGAUUACUCAUUUAGCAGUUUCGAAAAAUUUCUUUAUAACAGCCUUAGAAAGUUACAAAAGAGUGGAAAGAAGCAACUUGACAAUUUACCAGAAAAGCCGAUUGAUUUUGACUAUGGAGAGAGCGAGUUAUAUAAAAUGGGUGCCAUACCAGACAACCCAUGUCUGUGCACAAGCAAGACACAUCGGUGUUUUCAUGCCGUACAUGCCUAUACUGGGAUACCGUGUUCAGCUUACAUUCCUUACAAAUGGAAUCACCAUACGAUGCCAAAGCCAGUAACAGCAGGUGCAGCAGUCAAGUCCAAAGGUUUUCUACCUAAAAUUAAUUCAAAACCACCAUCUGGAAAGGCACACGUUACACUGGAAGUAUCUCACGGCACGGAGAAACAGCUGAUAGCAUUGCCAGCGGAGAAAUUGGACAGGAAUAAAAAAUACUAUGUAACAUUUACUGUUAAGGGUUCUGAACCCCCAUCAGAUAAUGAUAAUGCUUCACCGAAAACUUCUAACAAGACCGUUAGAAGUGGCUAACAUUUAAGUGACCUCGUAAUAAAG